GGUCAUCAAAACCAUUGCCAGAAAGUCAAAUAUGUGGAGACUUUGAAAAAGAUUGCUCCGGUGAUUGCUACUACACAAUGUGACUCUUCAAAAAUAAUGACAUAGACACCUGGUGAACCAAGAAUUCCUUUUAAAGGAAAAAAAAUGCUGUCUGAAUCUGAGUGCAUGUGCCCAGUAUGCAUUAGCUUAAUCAUCCAACCUGUAACAUUCCCCUGCAAUCACUCACUGUGUUUACAAUGUUACAAGGAAACAGUGGAAAAAGCCAACCUCUCAUGCCCAGUCUGCAGGAAGCGCAUUUCAGUUUGGGCCAGAAAAGCUGCCAAGGAAAAUAAAUUGAUAAACAUGGAAAUGUGGAAAGACAUCCAAGAGGCCUUCCCUGAAAAAGUGAGGCGCAGGAUGGAAGCCAGUGAAGAAAGCAACAGUGAAGAUGAAGAAGAUGAUUUUGAAGCACAGGAAAGACGACAAAUUUCCUGUCCUGGAGAAAUCAGACAAGAAUAUGAAGCUGCUAUCCAGCAGAUUCAGCAAAAAAAUGACGAACAGGCAAAGAAAGAGGAGGAGGUCAGUAAAGUACUGUUUGAAGCUCUGCAACAGGAAGAAUUUUUGUCAGAGAAAGUGGAAAUAGAAGAGAAAGCACUGAUGCUUGAAAAGAAAAAGUCUAAAAAAAAUAGCCUCCUUUUGAAUCCAGUUGUCAGAUUAAAGAAGUGCUUAGAAGCAGAGGAUAUAGUGUUGAGUUGGAGAGCUAACAACUGUCUUCCUAACACUGAAACUUUCCAUGACUCUUCACAACUCACAGAAAACAGAUCAGCUAUACCUGCUGGCAAUAGUUCAGUUCAUACUGAUGUCCUUAGGUUUGCAACAAAAUUACAAGAAUUUUUUGACUUAAUGGAUAAAAAAAGAAUAGUGGUGGAUAGGUCAAAAGGAUCCAGAAAUGAAUAUACAUUGCAUAGAAAGCAUAAAUGUGAUGAGUGACUGUUACAUUGUGUUGUUGAUUGUUAUAUGUUGGGUUGAGUUGUUUUUUUAUGUUUUAGUAAUGUUUUUGUUGUUGGCUACUUUGUUUUUGAUACUGUCACAUGACCCAUAACAGUCUGUGUAAACAUAUGAUGUUAUUCUAAACACUGACUUAUUUGAGUUGUUGAUUCCAAGUGCUUCCUAUUCUAUCUAGAUCACAUGUUUUUGAAUUAUAUUGGUCUAUAUAUAUAUAAAUAUACAUUACAAUUUAUUGAUGAUUCUAUUUAUCCAUCAUUUGAAACCUUUCAUUUACUUUUUUUAGUGCUAAUUAUCAAACAAAAUUUCUAUAUUACAUGUAUGAUCUUUGCAUAGUCUAUGCCAAACAUUUACCCUGGAUUGUCAUGUUAUAUUUGAUAUUUUUAAAUAUUAACUUACUGCCAAAGCCUUAAAGAGAAAUACAUUCAUUAAUCCAAACUUUGCAAAAAAAAACACUAUUUGAAAAUGUCUUUUUUUUUUUAACUUUUAGCAAGCAUUGUUUAUUAGAAUACUAUCAGACUAUCAAAAUACAUUUUCUUAAACUAAAUUGAACUAAAACUUUGACAGCACAUUGAUUAAAAUGUAACAGACUUUGUUUUUGUCAUGCCUUGUAAUAAAAGCCUUAAUGACAAAUGCCAUUUGUAAUUGAAUCCAGUCUGUAUUAUAUAAACACAGAGAACAAAAACCUGAGGAUUGUAUGGAGAUAGUUUAAUAGUUUGUACAAAAUAUAGCAUCACUACAUUAUGUGCUCACCAAGAGAAUUAUGGGAUAGAAAGAUAGUAACAUCAGAAACAACAUACUCUAGUGGCUAUUGUCACUCAACUAUGUACAUACUCUAAUGGAUACUUGCCUUGAUCAAUAUACAACUGACUUCAGUGGAUCCUAUCAAUUUACUGUGUGGGAGACCAAAGUUCAACAACUAUAAUUAAGAUGUUAAAACAAUACAUUCUAAACACAAUCACUAGUUUGAUGUGAAGGCACUGAACUAUGUAUUUCAAAACUUAAGCUAUUCUGUGCAUGCAGUGUCUUCUGUUUUCUUGUCCCAUGAAAAACCAAAAGGUCACUCAACACUAUUUGAUCACAUCACUAUCCUAACUUUUAACAGCAGUUAGUUGCAUAAAUAGUUCUGUACACACAUAUAUAUAUAUAUAU